CUCAGACCCAUCACUACAGCGAGAACAACAGGUAGGUUAGUCUUUCUGCCGAACGAGCCACAAAGGAAGGUGCACAACUGGAGAGAAGGCAAAGACAUGUCGGAUACGGGAUAGAAUUAUACAACUCGCACUACACAAAGAGGAAUACGGUUGUUCCAGUUUUAAAAGGAAACUUCCCAAAUUUGGAAAUUUGUAUUUGAAGGAUUGUGUUGAGCUUACCAAACAAAGACGAUGCCUUCGAUAUACGCCGUCCUGUACCUGUUGCUGGCCGUUUUUCCUCUGUGUCAUUUCCAGACAUCCACACGUGCCCGUUCUCUUGCCCUUAAUCCGGAGUUUGUCAGAUGGAUAAACACUUUAUUUUACCUGCCUCCGGAGGGACAGUUGCGCUACCGCAAAGAAUACCGCCUCUUGACCGAUCAAGAACGUGGUGAUUUCCACAGAGCUCUACUCAUGCUUAAGGAGGACAGGUCGGUACAACCGAACAAGUAUGACGCCUUGGCAUCCCUCCAUCAUCUCAACACAGCAAGUGGGGCUCACGGCGGUCCAAACUUCCUCGGCUGGCACAGGGUUUACAUAGUAUUAGUGGAAAACGCCUGCCGUGAGAAAGUUCCGAACGUCACCAUACCUUACUGGGACAACACACUCGACCAAGGUCUUGCUGAUGCAACGCGGUCGAUCACGUGGUCGCCACUGUUUCUAGGAAACGGGAAUGGUGUUGUGGAAAAUGGACCAUUUCGUAAUUGGGGAACACCGUACGGAUUAUUACGACGCAAUAUCGGGUCAGAACGUACUCUUAUGACCGCGACGAAUAUAAACAACGUGUUACGAAGACGGUGGCUGUGGCAGAUUACACAUCCAAGUGGCCAGGAUAAUAGUAACUUGGAGCUCCUCCAUAAUAAUGUCCACGUGUGGAUAGGUGAGCAGAUGAGUCGAAUCGAGUCCUCCUCAUACGAUCCAGCAUUUUUCGUACACCAUGCUUAUGUGGAUUGUAUAUGGGAGGAAUUUAGAAAUAGGCAACGCCGAAUGGGCAUAAAUCCAGCACGGGACUUCCCGAGGAUUGUCGGGGAGAAUGAACAACUCCCGCUGGUGCCAAUGGGUCUAGGAAGACUACUCGUCAUUGACGGCAUUAAUGAUAUAUUCACAAGACGGAUUUAUAGAUGCCAGGCUAGGCCUAGGUGUGUUCCCAACACGAACAACUGUGGGUCACCCUAUCUUCGCUGUGAUUGGUCCACCCGGCGGUGUCUCCCCCUCAUCAUGAGUAGGCCAUCUGUGUCGUUUACUCAGCCAGCACAGCAGCCUUGGUGGUCACGUUUCAAUAGGCGGACGACAGGACAGAAUAGUUUUAAUAUUUUUGGAUAACAAAAACAACAGAUUUACAAACAUUACAUUGUUCGGUAAAUUGCUUUAAUGCAAAUGGCAGAAUUUGGAACAAAAAAUUGGUGUUGAUAUGCAUGAAAAUGAUUUUAAUCUAAAUUCAGGGCAAAUGUUGUAUCGAAAUCGUGUGUUGUAAGUUUCUCAGAACGUGUGUGAUAGCUGUAUAAGAAGGUGAAAGUGAAAUGUUCCCACGAAUGUGUGUGUGAGUUCCCCGGCGAUACAAACAUAUCCAAGUUAGGCCAGUAAUAAGCCUAACACUGUGUGUCAACUUUGACGAUUUGACUUGAAAAUACCGCUCCAAAAAUGAAUUAAUGUUAUAUUAUUGAUUCAAUAAUUCAUGACGUCACAGGUUAUCGUUGCCUAUGAAAAAAACAUGACGUCACAUAUUAUUGAUUCAAUAACUCAUGACAUCACAUGGUAUUGUUACCUAUCACACAAUUCAUGACGUCACAUGGCAUUUUUGCUUAUUCCAUAUUCAACAGAUCCUGACGUCACAUAUUAUUGUUGCCUAUCCAAUAAGUAAUGACGUCAUACAUUACUGUUGACUUUUAAUCCUUUUGCGCCUAAAACGUCAUUGCAAUCGAUGUUUAUUAUAAAUAGCGUAUAUAUAAAUGACCUACCAGGAAUAAGGUAUAAGAGCGAAAUGACUAUUUACCCUUCGUUUUGUCAGUAUAUGUGAAUACUGAGAUGGUACAGAGAGUGAUUAUGUAGAAAUGGAGAAUAGUUUUUUGAGUGAUAAUUUAUAAAUUGUAUGCAUGUAUGUAUGUGUUUUCGUAAUCUGAUUAUUGUCCUUCCGAAAGGUUCUUGAUGAAUCAGAGCACACUGGUUCUAAACACGAAGAUUUUUUAAUUUUUCAUGGUACCGAAUCAGCAUUUGUACAUUUAGACUUCUGAGUUUGAUAUCAUUCUAAGUUUCCAUGCUUUUUAAGUAAUUUAUCAGCAGUUCUUGUGAAGCUACAUCGUUGAUAUUGUAGACAUUUAAAUGGCGUGAAUCUUAUGGUAACAUAUUCAAGUGUUUUCGCCAUAUGAAGCAAUAAUGGAAGAUUUAAACUAUAACUGGUUGGUGAAAAUUGCAAUAAACCGUCUGUUUUUGUCAGUUUGCUUGAUGGACAGUCACUAGUUGAAUGUUUAUUUUGAAAGACAAAUAAAACGUAGUUUUUUGCCUGUGUAAAUGUGGGUGUGGGCGAGUAAUUCUAGUGACCAUGCUACCGUAUAAAUCUGAAGUUAGUAAUUUACAAUCACUGAUUCAAGCAUUUGUAUGAUAUGUAGUUCUGAUUGAAUGUUGACGUAAAUGUGUCCCUUAAUUGACGAUUUAAUAUUCCUGGAAAUCGCUUCCCUUUUUAGUGGACACUUUUAUUCUUAAUGGCCACCAAAGGCACUGAGCAGUUUACGAAUAUUCAAGUUUAAAACUGAACUUAUUCAAUUCAACGAAAAAGUAACAUCAUCUUAACUGAGUGUUCUAAUCAUUCGAACUUGACAAUUGUUGUAAUGUUCUUGUGAUGUGUUUGUAUUAGAAUAUGUUAACUUAUUUUAGUUAUGUUCUGUUUUGAUCAUUAAGAAUUAUCAAAAUAAAAUAUUUUGCCACGUUAUAACAGAAACCACUAGAAACGGUUGAUGAACAAAAUAAUCUUAAAUUAAAUGCAGUCGGAAUUUUAUAAUUAUAUCCAAGAAAUUUAACUUCUUAAAUAAUAUCAACUACAGUAGAAAUAGUCGAUAACAAUUUAGCAUGCACAUCAACUAAACUUGACCUCCAAGCUUCCAGUGUGUAACAUCACUUUAUCAUUUUCUCACUUUAGUUGUAAACAAUUGAGUACGAAUGGAAAAUGUUUUUAUUUGUUAAGUUAUGCAAAAUAUAAGUACGAUUAAGCUUCAGUAGUCGUCUUUUGCCGACCUCGACACAAGAACCAUCAACCGAGUUGUAUUUGAAAUGCAUGUAUCUUCUGUGUAGUCUGACGUACAUUUGUUUUUGUAAAUAAUAAGAAGAAUUUGCGAAUUAGUAAUAAUCGCAUAAAAUGUCCAAAGUAAUUUAAUUAAAACAUUACCUCAAAGUGUUGCGCUUGGUUGCCGGUUAUCAUCGUUCUUGUUUAUCGUUAGCAUGAGACUCGUUUUGGUAUUCGAGUGAGCCUCGUUCUAGUAAUCGUAAAAGCCUCGUUCUCGUAAUCGAUAAAGCCAUGUUUUAUUCUUGCAUAUUUUAGUAUGUUGCAUUGUUUUACUUGAUAAGCUUGAUGAGAUGUGGAAAAUAUUGUCAAAUAUGGUAAAUUUAUUUACAACAUAUCAAAACAAUGAUUAUUUACGUGCGAAAUUUUAACAACUUAUUGAAAACCUGUUUCCUAUUUCAAUCUGUAUUUGAGAUAUCCCAGAGAAAAUCUCAAGCAGUUGAAACAUAUGUGUAAAUAAAUGCGCAUUUCUUGGUUGUCAAUUACCUCUUCCCCGGUUCUUUGAUUUUAACCGUACUCCAUUGUUGUUGUUGGCAAGAUAUCUUAUAUACCUAUUAAACAAAGCGAUCAGAAGUAUAGAGUGUGAUAAUAGAAUCUACAACUCUACUUCAUUGUUGAACGAAUAAAUGCGGAAUGGUAAAGCCAA